AUGAAAUUGGCUGAGUGUACGUUCCAGCAGGUGUUCCGUUUGAAUGGGAUUCUGGAGGACAUUGUUUCUGACCGCGGGCCCCAGUUUGUCUCCCGGGUGUGGCGAGCCUUCUGUGACCGACUGGGGGGUCGCCCUCAGCCUCUCCUCCGGAUCCUGGCCAUCCUGUCCAUCCUGUUCAUCAUUCUCUCCACUAUCGCCUUGUCCCUCAACACUCUACCAGAGCUCCAGGUGCUAGAUGAGUUCGGCCAGGCCAACGACAACCCCCAGCUGGCCCAUGUAGAAGCCAUCUGCAUCGCCUGGUUUACCAUGGAGUACCUCCUCCGCUUCCUCUCCUCACCCAACAAAUGGAAGUUCUUCAAAGGUCCCCUGAACGUCAUUGACCUGCUGGCCAUCCUCCCUUAUUACGUCACUAUCUUCCUGACGGAAUCCAACAAGAGCGUUCUACAGUUCCAGAACGUCCGGCGUGUGGUGCAGAUAUUCCGGAUCAUGAGAAUAUUGAGGAUUCUGAAGCUGGCCAGGCAUUCCACAGGGCUGCAGUCUCUAGGCUUCACCCUGAGGCGGAGUUACAACGAGCUGGGCCUGCUCAUCCUCUUCCUGGCCAUGGGCAUUAUGAUCUUCUCCAGCCUCGUCUUCUUCGCCGAGAAGGACGAAGACGCCACCAAGUUUACCAGCAUCCCCGCCUCCUUCUGGUGGGCCACCAUCACUAUGACUACGGUGGGUUACGGUGACAUCUACCCUCAGACUCUGCUGGGUAAGAUAGUCGGGGGGCUCUGCUGUAUCGCCGGGGUGUUGGUCAUCGCUCUGCCCAUCCCUAUUAUCGUCAACAAUUUCUCUGAGUUCUACAAGGAGCAGAAGAGGCAGGAGAAGGCUAUAAAGAGGCGGGAGGCUCUGGAGAGGGCCAAGAGGAACGGUAGUAUCGUCUCCAUGAACCUGAAGGAUGCGUUCGCCCGGAGUAUGGAGCUGAUGGAUGUAGUCGUGGAGAAAGGAGGAGAGGACAACCACCUGUCUCCCAGCUGGGCCGGCACGCCCAGACACACCGCCUCCGACAUCAGCCUGAGGUCGUUGGAUAAGAAAUACCCCGAGUCCGUCCUCCUGGGGUCCACCCACCGCAUCACCAUCACCACCAGCGGUAGCCCCGAGCGGAGAGGCAGUACCUCUCAGCUUCUUAACGCUCAGAAUCUAGAGAUCAUGUUCAACCAGCUGACCAAGUCUCAGUCCUUUACCAACCUCAACACUUCCUGCUCUGUGAGCACUAUGAGCACCUCCGCCACCACGGCAACCUCGGUAUCUUCGCGGCAACAGCACCCAGGGUCCCCGCCCUCCCCGGCCCGGCCCCAACAGGAAGUGGAGCUGGAGAGGCAGGAAGUCCCACCCUCUUCCUCGACAGAGCCCCUACUGAAGGAAAGCGAAGCAGUACGCAGCCUGUCGAGCAUGGACAGCUUCGCCAGCUGCAGGGCUGAGUUCGGGGAGGGCUCUGGAUACGGAAGAAAGUUCCCUCCAUCUCUAGACCUCCUCCCAGAAUCGAGGGUCAACGAUGCCCAAAGCCUCCAGGACGCUGCCUCCCUCAAAGACAGCAUGUAUGAGUUUGUCCCCUACAACCAAGAUGGCGGCACACAGUUCCCGAGAGACGACGUGGAGAACAUCCGUAGCACCCUGAGAGACGGCAUCAACCCUGUCGUCAAGGGGACCAAAGAGCUAAAGGUCAACUUCAUCAAGGGCCCACCCAACAAGCCCCCCCCGACACCACCCAGCACCGCCUCUCCCCAUGACAUCAGCUUCAGCUUCCUGGAGAAUGAAUCCCCAGAGAGGGAGACCUCGCUGCGCCUCCCCAGCACAAAGGCCGUCACCCUGGGCACAGAAGAUGAGACCAGCCCCCUGUCCCUCGAGAGGCUGGUGGUGGACACCCCGCCAGGGGAUGAGGACUCCCCGGACCAGGGUCUCGGGGGUCAAGGUUCGUCCAACGAGGAGAAGAAUCAGAUGGAAGCGGCGGGAACGGCAGGGGGGACACCGCCUGGGAACUGCACCCAGGAUGUGGUGGUGGUGGUGGGAGGAAGGGCAGGUGGGGAGGGCAAGGUCGACAGCAACCCAAGUGGACACAACAAAUCAGAGAACCACAUGUUUACACCAGAGAUUCACCUGAUGCCCGGGGACGCCAGUAUGUCCCCGACCUGCGAAACCAGCAUGUAA